GCCAAAUCUGCCCUCACUCAUGCCUGAACAAAUGGAUCGUGGGAUAAGUCCACCGCCUACAAAACGCAGAAAGCUGCAUCUCCCCGCGGCCGGAUCGAAUCCGGACCCGAUGCGCAUUCCAGGUCCGCGAUCAAUACGCAUCUUCUCCUGGAACAUCAAUGGCAUCGAGCCCUACCUCCCUUCCUCUUUUUCAUCCUCGUCUCACAAAAUAACCUCCUUCUUCAAACCCUCCUCCCGACAAGACACCAAGCCAAAGCAACCCAGAAAAACAACCUCGGCUGCAGGACCAAACGAGGCCAACGCAAGCACAAGCAGUAGCCUCCGCGCAUUCCUCGCCCGACACAACUGGCCCGAGGUCCUCUUCCUGCAGGAACUCAAGAUUGCACCAGCCAAUGCCUCCAAGGCCAUGUCUGCUUUGCUCUCGGCGCUCAAUACCCCGCUGCCUACCGAGAAUGGAGGCAACAAUACGACGACGACGACGACUCCUGAUGAUGAUGAUUGUCGAGCCUACCAGGUGGACGCCGUGCUCCCGCGGGACCGGUACAACGCGCGGGGGUUUGGCGGGCGGCUCUAUGGUGUUGCGACUAUCCUGCGCAAGGAUUUUGCUAGGGAGCAGGUGGCGUGUGUGAGAGGGGUGGAGUGGGAUUUGGAAGGAAGGGUUAGUGUCGUUGAGCUGAGUCCGACGGAUCAUACCACCACCACUACUACCUCCAGUAGUGGCAUCCCGAAUGGAGGUCAAGAACCUGAAGGGAAGCCAAAGCCGCUGGCGCUGAUCAACCUGUACGCCGUCAACGGCACGUCAGCCCCCUACCGCGACCCGAUGACAGGCGCCGUCAUAGGUACGCGGCAUGACCAUAAGCUGGCGUUUCAUACCAGGCUAAGGGAUGAGUGUCUGGAGCUGGAGGAAAAGGGGUUUAGGGUGGUGGUGGCGGGGGAUGUGAAUGUUGCGAGGGGGUGGAGGGAUGGGUGGCCGGGUUUGAGGAGUUUUCCGAGGCAGCAUUGUGUCAAUCGGGCGGAUUUUAAUAGGAAGUUCUUUGGGGGGGAGGAUAAUAGGCGUGCGGAGGCUUAUGUGGAGGGGAAAUUGGGAAGGGAGGAGGAGCGGGAGAGGUGUCUGGAUGCGGUGGAUGUGUUUAGGGCGAUGCAUGGUGGUGAGAGGAGGUAUACUUAUUAUCCCAGGACGAGGGAGUGGGGGAGCAGCUGUGACAGGGUGGAUCUGAUCCUGGUGUCCAAGGCGCUUUGGGAGGAGGGGAGGGUUUUGAAUACGGGGAUACUGGAUACGCCGCAGGAAAGGGGUUUGAGUGAUCAUGUGCCGUUGUGGGUUGAGAUAGCGCUGGAAAAGCCGUCUGAUGGGGCAAAGACUGUGAAGUAGAGUCUGGACUUUUGUCAUUGCCUCGAUUGCGGCAGGAGAUAUCACUUUGCUGGUUGCUCAGUUCGCAAUGCCCCUGUAAU